AUGGCGGGGGCUAUCACCCAACCUAAAGGGCACUGCGAAUCCCUAAGCCCCUCACGGGGCCCCUCGGGGGCCCCUAAGGGGGGCCCCAAGAAAGGCCUUAAGGAGGCCCUUAAUGGGAGCGCCUCGGGGGGCCCCUCCAAGUUCUCUAAGGGCCACGGGGCCCCUGGGGCCCCUCCAGCGUGUGAGGGUUUGUUGAAUCUGUUUUGGUACUUGCCGUCUCCUUCUGCGAAGGGGCGGAGUGUCGCUGCGAGUCGUCUUGUGCAAUAUUUGCUUAAGCAGACAGCUGCAGGCACAUCACAGCAGCAGCAGCAGCAGCAGCAACAGCAGCAGCAGCAGCCGGCUGAGUGGCGUCGGCUAGCCCCGAUAAUAAUAGCAGGCGGUAGGGGGGAGUUGAAGGUGCCGUAUGAGCUCGGCUAUGCACUUAAUAGACUUUUUUUGGGCCUGGGGUCUCCGCGCGCUUGCGCUCGGGAGGCUUACGCGUUGACUUUGCUGCUGCUACUGCAGCAGUUGCAACAGCAGCAGCAACAGCAGCAGCAGCAGCAGGAGGACUAUUUUAAUUUGGAUUUGGUUGCAUUCAGCAGAAACAUUGGGGCUGCGUUCCCUGUGAAGAGUGCAGUAAAUGCAGACAGUUUGCCGCAAGCUGCGGAGACAGCCGAAAUGAUAUGGGAGGCAUUCAAUGCGAAGCUGCAGCUGCAGGAAGCAGCAGCAGAGUUGCUGCUGCUGUUGCUUCAGCAACUAGAUCAGAUAGGAGAGGCAACAAUUGUUUUGAAGGCCUGCGAACUUUUCGUUGUCUGGUCAGCAGAAUGCUUCCAGCGUCUGUGGGGGGCCCUCGACGUACGCCUCUUUGGGGGCCCGCGUAAGGGCUCCUAUGCAAGUGAAGAGGAGAAGGAGAAGCAAAUGAAAGGAGGAGAAGAGCAGAGUUUGCAGCGCGUGUUUACGGGGUUUAGGGGAGUGCUGGUGUUUGUACAAUUUAUUAAACAGCAGCAAAUAAUACAAGAAGAAGCAGCAGAAGAGGCAAAAGCAGCAGCAGCAGGAAAGGGGAAAAAGACAGCAGCAGCCGCAGCAGCAGCAAUACCAGCACCAGCAGAGGAGACGGUGCCGCGAGAAGAUUUGGAAAAAAUGAUUGCAACCAUUUUUGUAGAGGGGAAAGGAUUCAUGAGAGCUUUAAUAUUCCAUUUAGAGUUAGCAGCGACAUUCCGCGUAAUGCUUGCUGUGUAUCUUCUAGGUGUAUGCGCAGUGUAUGAUUUCAAGGAUAUGUUAAGGUCCUUUUCUCCGGAUUUCCUCUUUUUUAAACGCCCGCUGCAGAUUUCUGUUCAUCUUCGUCUGUCUCUUUUCUUUUCCUUUGGGGAAGCACGCCGCUUUGCUCCUUUAAGGAAACAGACGCUCUGGCGGUUGUGCUGCAUUUGUUUUGCUGCUGCGGAUGCGGUGGAGAUGAAGACGAUCGCUCAUUUGCUGCUGGCAGCUCUAAAUGACAGCAUCAGCAGCAGCAACAGCAGCGGCAGCAGCAGCGAACGAUCAAAGGAGACAACGCGAGGCGCAGCAUUUCAACAAGGCCUGGCCUACCGCAAGACUUUGUUUGUGCUCGACUGCCUUCUGCUGCUGCCGGAAGUCAUGCGGUACAGCAGCAGCAGCUGCAACAACAGCUGCAGCAGCAGCAUCGUUUUGCCAAGCUGGCUGUUGUCUUGUGCAAUUUGUUUUGUUGCUUUCUCUUCCUCUUCUUCUGCUGCUGCUGCUCUCAUUAAACCAAAACAUCUCCCUGAGCCCGAACCACCUCAAGCUCCAGAAGGCAUGCAACAACAGCAGCAGCAUGUGGAUGUGCAGCUGCCGGAGCUGCUUGUUGUGUCCCUCCCAGACAGCAGCAGCAGCAGCAGCGAGGCAGCGCGGCGGCAUGUGAAAGGGAAGAUAUGCGCGCUUCUGGGCAGCAGCAGCAGCAGCUGCAUCGAAAUGUUUGGUCGUGGGGAUGCAGCAGCACCGGCAACAGCAGCAGAAGCAGAGGGGCUGCUGCAGCAGCUGCAGCAGACUCAAGCGCUGCUCUUCGCCCUCACGCAAAAAGAAGCAGCAGCCAGUAAACAGGAACUGUCUCUUCGUCUCCGCGGCAGAACCCUCAGCAGCAGCAGCAGCAGCAGCACCGGCGGCAAUGAUAAGGUGCAUGCGGAACUAAAAUGCCUUAUUGCUAAUCCUCACCUGAAUGAAGGACCGUCGCUGCUCUCCUUCUGCAACUUUGCUGCUGCUCAGGGUGCGUCGCUGGCCUCUGCAGCAGCAGCAGCAGCGCCUGCUGCUGCUGCUGCAGCAGCGGGAGAGGAUACCAGAAGACGGCAGCAGCACAUUCAGUGGGGCCUCUGUGCUGCUGCACGAAUUUUAGGUGUCUCUCUUUGCUGCCUCUCGUUGAUUCCUUAUUUAGUGUGUGGCAAUACGGAGAAGGAGACAACACAAAAGAAACAGCAGGAGCAGCAGCAGCAGGAGAGCGAGGAAGAAGAAGAAGAAUCUUCUGCCUCUGAUGAGGCUUCGGAAGAAGAAGAGGCAGAAGAGGACUUGCAAGCUGCUGUCGCUGCGCUGCAGCAGCUGCUGCAGGUAGCACAGCCGCUGCAGCAGCUGCUGCAGCAGCAGAAGCAGCGGCAGCAGCAGGAAGAGGAGGAGGAGACUGCGGCAGCAGCAUUAACAGUCUUAAGGAACGCCGGAGUGGUCAGCAGCAAGCUGCUGCUGCUCCAGGGGAACUCUGCUGCAGCAGGGCUGCUGCGGGAGGUUGGUGUUGCUCUUUGGGGUCGCCUUUCUGUAUUUGCUCCUUCACGGAAUGUACGUGCACUUGCUGCUGUUGCAACAGCAACUGCGGCAGCAGCAGCAGCAGCAGCAACAGGGCCCGCUGCCUUUGAAGCGGGGGAAGAGGAAACAGAGACGGAGACAGAGACAGAAGGAGACAGAGACAAACACAAACCAAAAAAAGAUGAAGUAAUGCAGGUGAAAUCAAAGCAAAAGAAGAAGCGAAAGGGAGAAGAGGCAGAAGAAGGGACAGAAGAAGAAGACGAAGAAGAAGAAGACGAAGAAGGAGACGAAGCAAAAGAAGAAGAAGAAGAAGAAGAAGAAGAAGAACAAGAAGAAGAAGAAGAAGAAGAAGAAGAAGAAGAAGAAGAAGAAGAAGAACAAGAAGAAGAAGAAGACGAAGAAGAAGAAGGAGGAGGAGGAGGAGGAGGAGGAGGAGAAGAGGAAGAAGCGACAGAUGAAAAAGAGACUGGUUUAUCUUUUGAGUUAUCUCCGCACGAAGCCUUAGCAACUCUUGCCACAGACAAUACGUCGGAUACAGGUCCUUUCCCUCCUUUUGCUGCUCUUCUUCCUUCGUCUUCUGUCUCCUCGCGGCAGCUGCUGCUGCGGCAGCGCAGGAGAAUUGCAGAACUGCGGCUGCGCGCGUUGGCAGCACUUCAGGUGUACGUACACUCCACCACCUUCAGCAGCAGCAGCAGCAGCAGUUCGCUUGCACUGGAGGUGCUUACAGCUUUAUUUGAAGCAUACAGCAGAGUGCUGCUGCAGGCAGCGCAGUCGCAGCAGCGGAAGCAAAAGCUUCAGGUGUAUGGGGACCUCAGCAAGAAGCUGAGAUACACCAUCGAAGCAAGUCUUAAAGCAAUGAUCAGCAGCAGCAGCAGCAGCAGCAAGGAGCAGCAGGGCAAUCCCCUGGUGCUGUGCUGCCAGGCCCUGCAGCAGCAGAUUUUCGAGUCCCUGCUGCAGCAGCGCGCAGCUGCGGCAGCAGUAGCAGCCGGUGGUCAGGGUGGGGGUAGUAAGAGUUGUUUUAGGGGGCGAGAGAAACAGAAAAAAGACAGCAGCAGCUGCUUCUCACCAGCUGCAAUCUCUCCUCGAGUUAAUCCCCCGCUGCUGCCACCCCCCGAAAGAGAAGGCCGCAUGCAGCAGCUGCUGAGCGGUGCUGCAGCAGAAGCUGCUUCCUGGCCGCUAUUCAAAUGUACAGGCACCUCGAACACACACCAGCAGCAGCAGGAUUGGGUGGUGCGAGGGAUGUGGUUGUUUGUUGCUGAGCAGAUGCUGCAGGUGCUACGGGUCUGCAGCAGACGGCUACCACUUGCUGCUGCAGCUCUAAACCAAACACUCGGAGCGGACGUUCUCAUUAAACUUAAUAAGCUUCAGCAGCACAUUCAUGCCUACGCACUGCAGCAGCAGCAGCAACAAGCGCAGAAGCAGAAGCACCAGCAGCAGCAGCAGCAGCAGUACGGGGAGGAGGAAGAUGCAGCUGAGGGGCCGUUGUUUGGGGGUUGUUUAUUAUCUCAGUUGGUUUGCGUUGCAUUGUCUUGCUGUUCCUCCUUUCGUUCUUGCUGCCUGAGGCCUCCCUUCUUGCUGCGGCUCUCGGAUUGCUGCAUCUCUGCUGUCUCUUCUUGUGAUUUAUUUAGAGCAGCAGCAAACGCCCGGUCUCCGUUCGUACGCAGAGAGCUAGCUGACGUCGCCUUUAGGGUGUACAGACACCCAGACGCCUUCAAGGCAGCAGCAACAGCAGCAGCAACAGCAGCAGCAACAGAAGCACCAGCAGCAGAAAGGAGAGACAAUGACGCGAUUAAAAUACUGGGAAGAGAUAUGAUAGCUGCAUUUAGUGAAUGUGCUGCCAGUGCGUUAUUAGGAAAGGACACAAGCAGGAGACAAGGAGGAGAGAGACAAGAAAAAAAUGAGCAGCAGGAGCUGCUGCUGCUGCAGCAAUCCCCCAAACAAUCCAACUCACGACAGGCUGCAGCAGCAGCAGCAGCUGCUGCUGCUGCUGUGCACCUACACAUUCCUUCAAAGGCAAGAUCUUCUCCUGCAGCUUUUGGCGCCUUUAUCAUCAAGCGGCUGCUGCAGUUGCUGCAUCGAACAGCAAACACCCCCGUUCGGGCCCCACAGCCGCAGCAGCAGCAGCAGCAACAGCAGAAAGGCACCCGAAAGCGAAAGAGGAAAGUGACCAACGCUGGGCAGGCGGAGGACAAAUACAACAGCGAUGCUGAUGCUGCCGCUGGUGGUGAUGAUGCUGCAGCGGGGUGUACAUACAGCAGCGAAGCGCAGCGGCAGACGGCGGUUUGUCAGUUCUUGCAGCAGCUUCACAAGCUGCUGCAGCAGUUUCUGAAGCGGACACCAACGCUGCACCAGCAGCAGGAGGGAGACUAUUCUUUUCAAGAUUAUUUGGUUGCAAGGAGAGACAAAAUGCAACGGACGCUGCAGCAGCUUGAAGAGACCCUUGGAGAGGGAAAAUAUAUUAAACACAUUAAAGCCAUCAAUGAACUCCUCACUCGCGUUGCAGCAGCAAAUGCAGCAGCAGAUGCAACAGCAGGCGCAGUAGCCGAUGCACCAGCAGAGGGCGAGGAACAAGAAGAUAUAGGUGCAGAAGCAACAGCUGCACAAGCAGCAGCAGCAGCAGGGAAGAGACAGCUGCAGUUUGGGGCUGCGAAGGAGAUUGUCGAAAUAAAAAAGAAGAAAAAAACAAAACAAUAA